UCCCGGCCCUGCCGUACCGCGUCCGGCCGCAGCAGGCCUUGCGCGCCGGCUUUUGAGCCCGCGUUCCGGGCUUGGCGCUCGGCUGCCCAGGGCUGGGCCCGGGACGCGGCCGCGCGCCAUGGCGCAGCUGGAGGGCUACUACUUCUCGGCCGCCCUGAGCUGCACCUUCCUCGUGUCCUGCCUGCUCUUCUCCGCCUUCAGCCGCGCACUGCGUGAGCCGUACAUGGACGAGAUCUUCCACCUGCCGCAGGCGCAGCGCUACUGUGAGGGCCGCUUCUCCCUGUCGCAGUGGGAUCCUAUGAUUACUACGUUACCUGGCCUGUACCUGGUGUCAGUUGGAGUGGUCAAACCCGCCAGCUGGAUCCUCGGAUGGUCUGAACAUGUUGUCUGCUCAAUUGGAAUGCUCAGAUUUGUCAAUCUUCUCUUCAGUGUGGGCAACUUCUAUUUACUGUAUUUGCUUUUCAGGAAGGUACAACCCAGAAACAAGGCUUCUUCAAGUAUCCAGAGAAUCUUGUCAACAUUAGCCCUAGCAGUAUUUCCGACCCUCUAUUUUUUUAACUUCCUUUAUUAUACAGAGGCUGGGUCUGUUUUCUUUACUCUUUUUGCUUAUUUGAUGUGUCUUUACGGCAAUCACAGGACGUCGGCCUUGCUUGGGUUUUGUGGCUUCAUGUUUCGUCAGACCAAUAUUAUCUGGGUUGCCUUCUGCGCAGGACAUAUCAUCGCACAGAAGUUAAGUGAAGCUUGGAAAACUGAGCUACAAAAGAAGAAGGAAGAGAGGCUUGCCCCCACUAAAGGACCAUUUUCAGAGCUCAGAAGAGUCCUUCAGUUCCUUCUGGUGUACUCCCUGUCGUUUAAGCACCUGAGUACGCUUUUCCUUUUGGCCUGGCCCUAUAUGCUUCUGCUGUUUGCAUUCUUCGUAUUUGUGGUGGUUAAUGGUGGCAUUGUUAUUGGUGACCGCAGUAGUCAUGAAGCCUGUCUUCAUUUUCCUCAGUUGUUCUACUUUUUUUCAUUUACUACUUUCUUUUCCUUCCCUCACCUACUUUCUCCUACCAAAGUCAAAACUUUUCUUAGCUUAGUUUGGAAACGUAGAGUUCAGUUUUUUGUGAUUGCUUUAGUCUCACUGUUUUUUGUUUGGAAAUUCACUUAUGUUCAUAAGUAUUUACUGGCAGACAAUAGGCAUUACACAUUUUAUGUGUGGAAAAGAGUAUUUCAGAGACAUGAAAUUGUGAAAUAUUUAUUAGUUCCAGCCUACCUGUUUGCUGGUUGGGCUAUCGCUGACUCUUUGAAGUCAAAGUCGGUUUUCUGGAACUUAAUGUUUUUUGUGUGCUUAGUCACUUCUACAGUCCCUCAGAAACUGCUAGAAUUCCGUUACUUCAUUUUACCGUACAUUAUUUAUAGGCUUAAUAUACCUCUGCCACCCAUAUCUAGACUUGUUUGUGAACUGAGUUGUUAUACAGUUGUUAAUUUUCUGACCUUCUAUAUCUUUCUGAACAAGACUUUUCAGUGGCCAGAUAAUCAGGACAUUCAAAGGUUUAUGUGGUAAUGGCAGGAAUUUUUUGAAUUUUAAAAGACUGUCUACAACAAUUAACUGGGUAAGUAGAAGUGGAAUUCCUUUUAGGGAAAUUCAGGGAAAUUAAAAUAAUUAAGUGUGAGACCAGCCUAAAAACCUGAAUAAUGUUAAUAAAGUUGCUUACAGUCCUCUUGAGAAGUGUUGAUGCUUUCCGCUCCUCAGGUGUUGAGAACUUUUCUCUCUGAGUAUAUAUUUAGAGAACUGGGUGAGCUCUGUAACACUACAACAAUUUACCUGUUUUCUUUUGUAAAGAUUUUGAGAACCAUUUACAAGUGACACUGAUGUAUUUCUGAGUACAGUUCCCAGAUAUUGCAAUAAAUAUAGCUCCAAUCGUAGAAUAGAUUUACGGACAUGUUAAAUUAUGAACUAGAGGCUUUGGAGUGUCUCUCUAGAACUCAAGUUUUUAUAUUUAGAAUACAGAAGUGAUGAAGCCAUUUGAACUAAUUUCUAAUUUGAAGUUUAUGCAGGCCAAAGAUAAACUAUUGACUAUAAUACCUUUUGUAGAUAAUCUUCCUGAAAUAACAUUGCUCUGUUACCCAGGGAUCAUGUACAAAAAAAAAAAAAAAAAUGACCACAAACCUUGUACGGUGAAAGUUUUCCUCACAUACUUACAGGCAGCACCUAAACUCAAGUGUUAGCAGGACUCAUUUCCUCAGGAGAUGAGAGUCCAUUUUCCCUGCUCAGCUUACCCCAGCAACUGCUUAGAGGGGCCUUAUUUUUGGGCAGGUGCCUCUAGUCUAUCUGUGUCUUCUUAGGGCUGUCUCCACUGUCUUCUUGUACAGACAGUGCCGUUGGGUUUAGGGAUCCACUGAUUCAGGGUAACAUUACAUGGAGACCCUAGAUUCCAUCUAUAAAACUUUGUCAAGUAAGGUCCUAUUCAUAGGUUCCAGGUACACAUCGUUUUGGGGGUGGGAUGUAAUAACUUUAAGAGAUGCCGUUGCUAAGAUCUUUAAAGUAAGAGUUUGUCUUUAAAUUGCGAGGCAAAAACAAAACCAAACAACAACAAAAAUACGGCAGGGGUCAUGUAAUUUACAUUUGUCCCUAUUAUCCAAAAAACCCAGAACAACUCAGAGGUGAAAGAAUCAUUGGUUUAGCUUUAUUUUAUAAUCUAGGGAGCGCUACUGGGUGUGAUCAUGGUUUUCUUUGUUUAGCUUUUGAUUCAACGUUUAUUCAUUCAGCUAUCACUUUGUUACAGACACUGUUGCUUGGUCAUGUGCUGUGACUGUAAACCUGGAACCGUGAACGGAGCUUACUUUUUAGCUUAGUUUCUGAGCUUCACACACACACACACACACACACACACACACACACACACACACACACCCCUAAAAGGACAAAAACGUUUCCUUUAUUGUUAGAUUACAUUGUCUUUGAGUUUUAAAUAUGUAGUAAAUGUUAUACAAGUUUAAAACUACUUGGGUGCAAGUUAUAGACAUAGUCCUGAGUGGUCAGCCAGCACAGACCAUCGCUUUGUGUGAUACUUAGAAGGUGUGUCCCAAGUGUAACAGUGAUUGAGUUGUUAUCAGGUCAGAAAGCAUACUGCAUUUAUGCUUCAUGAUGGAUUUAUUACAUGGAGAACUAAGUUCAGGAAGCAGGGAUUGCAAACAGGUGCAGUUGAAGAAAGCAAAGGCUAUCUGAUGCUUAGUUUGGGGCUUUUGUGUCUAGGACACUGAAGGAUGGGGUGCUUUAUUCCAGCAGCCUGCUGUAAGGAGGGAAGCCCUUUGUCCCAUGUGAUGGAAGGAGACUCCUGACAGAGCUCUGUUUCUCUUUCAGUUUUAAAUAUUGAGUCACUUCUGUAUUAUGAGGCAUUGUAGCUGGUCUAUAGGCAGAGAAGGAGAUACUGGCAUUUUACACCGAUUUCCCUCAAGUAUUGGAUAUAGGACUUGGCGAUUCAGAAUAUAAUGCUAUGAAUUAAAAGGUGCUGUUUAUUUCUCAUGGUUUGAAAAGGAUGUGUGUCGAUGCUUUUACGGUAGAUGCUUGGUUACUGUUCUUGGGCAGAUGACAAGAAGGUGGUCAUUUGUUGGAAGCUGCUCAAGUUUCUUAGAGUGAGUGAAAGAAGCUUCACACAGCAGGUUGUUUACCUUUGGUUGUUCCAAAUAACAGACUCCUUUCUGCGAAGUCAUUUCACUUGGAGAAAUCCUUACUUAUACAAAUGUGAAUUAUAUUUAUGCUUUAAUUUUUUAUUUUAAUUACUGAGUUCUUUUUUAUUAGACUGAAUGGAGUUUCUAACAAGAUUACUUAUUAACCAAUAAGAGGCCUGGAUUAAAAGCAGGGGCCACCCUUGCAGGAGACCGCACUGUGGUUCCUAGCCCCUGUAUAGGGUAGCACAUGACCGCUUUCAGCUCCACCUCUGGGAGAUUGUAGGCCUCUGGCUUCUGCUGUCACCUGUGCUCACCUGCACAUAAUCCCACCACCCCCAUACAUAAUUAAGUUAGAAAUCUAAACGGUGAAAGUAGGAAAUGUGUAUCACCUGCUGGAGCCCAGCAGUCUUUAUCGCUAGUCCAGUAGGAUAUUUGAAAGUGUCUCAUGAAAAGGCCUAAUCUUUUUCCUGAGAUGCUUUAGGUUCAGUAAUCACUAUAAGCAGUUCACUCAAUGUGAAAGUCCAUAGGCAUGGACUGUCACUUUCAGAUAUGUCAUAAGAGUUUAGGUGCAAUGUAUUUGCUCACAUUUAUGCUUUCCAUGGUGGUACUUUUAUGGCUGCAUCUCACUAAGUGAUGUGGAAAUAGUGUUUUAUACUUUACACCUAGUAUAUAAACUUGUGAGAGAAACUAUUGUUCUCAUCGUCAUCCGUGUUUAUCCUGUUAUAAAAUACACACCAUAAAUAAUGUAAUUUAUUUCUAGUGACUAGCUUAGGGUAUGAGGUAUUUCUAGGAUGAGAUUAACUGGCUUGACAUUAUACCAGUCAUAAUUGUCUAGAGGAAAGAAGGAAUUCAUAGUUUUAAUUUAUAAUUCCUAAAGAGUAAACAUAUUUUACAUCCAUUUCAGACUGUAUUCAGACUUUAAAAAUCGUGUUUAUUAGAGUUAUUAUUUUUGAAGCAAUUAGAACUUCUUUAAAUAGUUAAGACAACUAUAAUGUAUAUACUAUUUUUCAUAGAGAAAGUUAAAAUAAGAUUACAGAAAAAAAUAUACUUGGUUUUGGUUUCAGAAUAAAAAGACAAAUUGUUGAAGGACAGUUGUUUGUUCCUAAUAGCAGAUGAGGGUGUUAGCCUGAACUCUAGUUAGUAUCAUGCUGCGGGUCUUCUUUCAACAGGUGUUCCUGCCCUGUUAUAUAUCCAUAAAGUUCAUACACACGGCAUAUAUUGUAUAUUGGCUAAAUGUAUGUUGAAUGCAAUUGUCAGCCGAGAAGAAAGCAGAUAGCUUAGAAGAGUAUUACACAGCCAGCUUAGUGUUAGAAGUAAAUUGUGUUUUAUACUGAGCCAUCCUGACCCCUCUUCCACCUUUGUACGGGAUGUUAUUUUCUGUUUGGUUAGUACACCCAUGCACAUUGAUUAUGUAUGUGCUGUCUGUAUAGGAUAUGAUUUCAACACCGAUUUAAAAUACAAACUCAUUCAGCAGUGUGUAAGUUUUGAUGAUUUGUGAUACUUUAAUCAUGAAAUUUCAACCAGUUAGAAACAUCUUGUGUUUAGUUGUGUUUAGGUCUCGAAAGGAUUUGUGUACUUUUAUUUGGGUGCUUUUUAUGUAUUUGAAUUCAAUGGCAAUAUGUUUUUAAGAAAUAUAUAAUAAAUUAGAUACUAGUGACAUUUUUAAUAUGUCCAUGAACUCUGCACUAAAUUCCAUAGUAUUUGGAAGUUAUUUCUAAAAUUUUAUGAUUUGGUAAUCCAGUAGUAUCUGUAUAUUAUUUUACAAUGAGAUGUUAAUUAGCGGUAAUUUCUUUGUACCAUUAAUUUCUUAGAUACCGUUAAAGCAAAAGUAGUUAGGAGAUAUACAUAUAUGUUUAAAGUAAUAUUAUGCUGGAUCUGCAUUCAGAAAUUUGAUCAGUUCAGUUUGAGCUGUGUGUUGACCAGUGUCCUGUUGAAGAUGAGUAAGAAGGAAAAGAGUCACAGUGGUUGUCUUUAUCUCAUGGCAUUCUGCUGGUGAGAUACAUAUGCUUCUCACUGCGCCACUCACAUGCUGUGAUCUAGAUGCCGAAGCUGACCAGCAUGAUCCCUGGUGGCUCUCUGAAGUCCUUCCCAUUUGUCAUUGAACAUGAUAAAGCUGUGAGCUUUUGCUCUUCUGCCUCACUCUCAGACUUCAUUAAGAGAAAAUAUGGAGUGAGGCCCUCACCCUGUACUAGUCAGACCUCCCGCCAUACUUUACUGUGUAAGUUACAUGUGUCUGAAAGUGUCAGAAACUUUUUAGAGCCUGUUUUGAACGGCAAAGAUUUAUAAUUAUCCAUCUUUGUUCAUUGCCUUUUUUUUUUUUCUUUUUUUUCACGAAGGGUCUCAUAGUCCAGGCUAGCCUGGAAUUUGCAACGUAUCCAAGAAUGACCUUGAACUCCUGAUUCUUUUGCCUCUACCUCUAGACUGCUGGGAUUCCAGGCAUGCUACACCAUGCCUUGUUUCUGCAGUGCUGGGACUCAAACAAAGGACUUAAAGCCUGCUAGGCAAUUACUCUACCAGCUGAGCUAUGUCCUCAGCCCUGCUUAUUAUACUGUGACUGAAAAUGUUUCCUGAAUUACAUGUGUUGGUAAAUGUAAAAACAAAUCAUUUUUUGCAUAAUUAUGUCUGAGAUGAUGUAAUUCAACCUACCCUGCCAUGGAAUUGUUUACCUCAUAGAUUUUGGAGUUGAUUCUGAUAGUAGGAAUAGGUUUGGAAACAGCCUGUACUGUCUGCUUCUAUCUCACUGAAUCAUAGUUCUCUUGUGUUAAGUGUACCCCACACAAAGAGAAACUAAGCAGAGAGAUACUAUUUGUUUAAUCUUAACAAAGUAGCUGGUUGAGUUUGGUUUGUGAGAAGGCAUCCUAGGAAGACUCCAUGCUCUUAGCAGCAGUUGAUUGAAGGAGUGGAAAAAGGGUAAUCUGCCUUCACUUUUGUAACAUCUUAGGAAAAAAGUUGCCAUGGAAAAUUUAAUUAUGCUAACUACUUUUCUAGCUCAGACAAGUGAGGCACAAAUUGGCUCUUCCAGAGCAGACAAUCUUUCAUCUCCCAUUGUAUCAUCUCUGCCUCAGUUUGUUAUGUGAACACAAAAUACAACACAGACUGCUGUUUUCAGCCCUAUUAAUUUACAAGGAAGCAAAGAUCUUUGAUACCAAAUAGAGAUGUAGUUGCUUAAAACUCAAUUUUUCAAAAAAGAGUCAUUUGAUAAUAAAUGGUUGUUCUAAAAUGAUCUGAUUUUUUUUCAGUAAUUCUUUCUGAAAGAAUUUGAUCUUUAUUUUAAAUAUGUGAAUACAUGUUUUAAAUGUGUUUUUAAGGUUUUACAUUUUGUUAUAUUAAAAAUUGCAGAUAUUUGACUCUAAAAUUGUGAUUUGUGUCAUUCAAGCCCUUGAAUAAACCUAUUUAUAAGAAUAAAAAGCUUUUAAAUAGUUU